ACGAAUUUUCAAUUUUCCAAAAGAAAUGGCGACGAAAGAGCGAAAACGACGCGGAAAAUGGGAUACCUACAAAGCAGAAGAAGCUCCAUCAUUGUAUUCUGGAAAUGCUGACAAGGAAACUAGUUCUGUUCCAAAAGCUGCCUCGCACAAUUUGAACGGAGAAAAUGCGUCGUCAGUGAUGACUGAUGAGUUUGGAGCCAAAGAUUAUCGAAAGGAUAUGCCAUUGAAAGGUGAUUUCACUGCAAGACCGCUGUGGGUUGCUCCGGAUGGUCAUAUUUUCCUCGAGUCGUUCAGCCCGGUUUACAAGCACGCCAGGGACUUUUUAAUUGCAAUUUCAGAGCCCGUCUGCCGUCCACAACACAUCCACGAAUACCAGCUAACUGCCUAUUCUCUCUACGCAGCUGUAUCAGUUGGCCUACAAACAAAAGAUAUCAUUGAAUACCUGGAACGAUUAAGUAAAAGUCAACUGCCAAAAGGAGUCAUCACAUUCGUUCAAAUGUGCACUGUGAGCUACGGAAAGGUUAAGCUUGUGCUCAAGCAUAACAGAUACUUUGUCGAAUCGCGACAUUCCGAUGUUAUGCAGAAGCUUCUCAAGGACUCUGUGAUCCAGUCGUGUAUUCUAGAUGAUCGUGUGCAACCUGCUCAGCAAACCGAGCUUCCUGCACAGGAAAAAAUCAAAUUCUCACAUGGAAAUGAGAAUGAGAAGGGUGUGGAAAAGGAUGGAGCAGCAGCAGACGGUACGGCGGCGGCGGCGACAGAUGGAAAAGUUCCAGCUGAUAUUGAUGAAUUCUACGGGAAAAUCGAUGGAGAUGAUGAGGAAGACGCAGAGAUUCGAAAUUUGCAACUUCUAACGUUUGAGAUCAAACAAGAAACGAUCGAAACAGUGCAAAAACGAUGUAUCGAGCUUGAGUAUCCACUGCUCGCCGAGUACGACUUCAGAAAUGACACUUUGAAUCCGAACCUUGGAAUUGAUCUGAAACCAUCGACUACACUUCGUCCGUACCAGGAGAAAUCCCUACGGAAAAUGUUUGGAAAUAGUCGUGCGAGAAGUGGUGUGAUUGUUCUGCCGUGUGGAGCCGGAAAGACGCUUGUCGGAGUGACUGCUGUGACGACGGUUAACAAGAGAUGUUUAGUGUUGGCGAAUUCCAAUGUUUCUGUCGAACAGUGGAGGGCUCAGUUUAAGCUUUGGAGCACGAUUCAGGAUAAACAGCUUGUCAGGUUUACUAGAGAGGCGAAGGAUCCAGCACCGUCGGGAGCCGAUGCGACCAAGCCCGUCGUCUGCAUCAGCACAUACUCAAUGGUCGCCUACUCUGGACGCCGUACCCUACAAGCCGAAGAAGCCAUGAAAUUUAUCGAAAAACAAGAAUGGGGUCUGCUCCUGCUCGACGAAGUGCACACAAUUCCAGCGAAAAUGUUCCGUCGAGUGUUGACUAUUGUACAGGCUCACUGUAAAUUGGGUCUCACAGCGACACUUGUUCGUGAGGAUGAUAAAAUCACGGAUUUGAACUUUUUGAUCGGUCCCAAGAUUUAUGAGGCAAAUUGGAUGGAACUGCAGAAAGCUGGACAUAUUGCAAAAGUACAGUGCGCCGAAGUUUGGUGUCCGAUGACUUCUGCGUUUUAUUCUUAUUAUCUUAGAUCCCAAAUCGCUCGAAAGCUCUUGCUCGCCGUGAUGAAUCCGAACAAAUUCCGUAUUUGUCAAUUCCUGAUCAAAUUCCACGAACGUCGUAACGACAAGAUCAUCGUCUUCUCGGAUAACGUUUUCGCCCUAAAAAGAUACGCAAUCGAGAUGCAAAAGCCCUUUCUCUACGGAGAAACAUCUCAAAACGAGAGAAUGAAAAUUCUGCAGAAUUUCCAGUACAAUCCACGUGUCAACACGAUUUUCGUGUCAAAAGUCGCCGAUACGUCGUUUGAUCUACCAGAAGCCAAUGUUCUGAUCCAGAUUUCGGCGCACGGAGGAUCCCGUCGACAGGAAGCACAGCGUCUCGGAAGAAUUCUUCGCGCGAAAAAGCAUUCCACAGAUCAGUUCAACGCGUUCUUCUAUUCCCUGGUGUCUCAAGACACUGUGGAAAUGGGUUACUCGAGAAAGCGGCAGCGGUUCUUGGUGAAUCAGGGAUACGCAUACAAAGUGGUCAAUAAUCUUCCGGGAAUGGAGCUGGAAGACUUGAAGCUCGCCUCUAAAGAGUCACAGUUGCAACUGCUUCAACAGGUUCUAGCGACUUCGGAUGCUGAUGCUGAAGAGGAGGAUGUUAAGGAAGAGCUUGCCGACGGUACAAUUCGAAUCUCUCGCCGCGAGGCAACAAUGGCGUCAAUGUCGGGUGGCCAGGGAGCACAGUACCAUUCGAAAGCCAAAGCGAUUGCCGAACGACAUCCAUUGUUCAAACGAUUCCGGCAGUGAAUUGGAUAAUUUAUUGAUUUUUUUUUGUCUUUUUUAAAUUAUUAUACCCCACCCUUGUCGUCCCGUUUGAAAAAGCACUUACGAGUUUUGUAAAAUAUAUUUUUUGUGUGUGUGUGUGUUUGUCUGUGCACACAACAAUAAAUUUCGACUAAUUU